AUGUUCAUGUUACAACCAAUAUUAUAUAUUUCAUUUCAUUGUCCCUCUUUUAAAUAUGACGAAUUAUUUUCCCGUCGGCUUCCGUCGGGUAUGUUUUUCAAAGAAAUUUCAAUUUCAAUUUCAAAUGUUAAUUCAAAAAUAUCAACAACGGAAAACCAUCGACUUAACUUCAAGAACCACAUCAAGCCAAACAGAAGUAUAAUGCCUAUCUGUAAGAACUGUAAGGGUACGGACUUUACAAGAGAUCUCAGCAACGCAAACAACGAUCUAGUGUGUCUGUCAUGUGGUGUGGUCUCCGAGGACAACCCCAUAGUCUCCGAAGUCACCUUUGGUGAAACCAGUGCUGGUGCAGCAAUGGUCCAGGGGUCCUUCAUCGGUGCAGGACAAUCGCACGCGGGAUUCAUGUCUCACGGUGGGUCUUCAGCGUUAGAAUCGCGUGAAAAUACUCUGAAUAACGCUAGAAGAAAGUUAAGAGCCGUGUCUCAUGCAUUGAAUAUACCUGAAUAUAUUACAGAUGCCGCCUUCCAAUGGUAUAAGUUGGCUCUGGCUAAUAAUUUUGUUCAAGGGAGAAGAUCACAGAAUGUUAUUGCGUCAUGUCUUUAUGUCGCGUGUAGGAAGGAAAAGACUCAUCAUAUGUUGAUUGAUUUCUCCUCGAGAUUACAAGUUAGUGUGUAUUCCAUUGGAGCUACUUUUUUGAAAAUGGUGAAAAGGUUACAUAUUACUGAAUUGCCAUUGGCAGAUCCAUCCAUCUUUAUUCAACAUUUUGCUGAAAAGUUAGAAUUAGGUGACAAGAAGAUUAAGGUGGUCAAAGAUGCUGUAAAAUUAGCUCAAAGAAUGUCUCAUGAUUGGAUGUUUGAAGGGAGAAGACCCGCGGGGAUUGCCGGUGCAUGUAUUUUGUUAGCAUGUAGGAUGAAUAACUUAAGAAGAACUCAUUCUGAAAUUGUUGCCGUAUCUCAUGUAGCAGAGGAUACUUUACAACAAAGAUUAAACGAAUUCAAGAAUACCAAAGCUGGGAAGUUAUCCAUUCAUGAGUUUAGGAAUACUGAAACAGAUACCAAUGAUAUGGACGCUGUUCCUCCGUCAUUCAAGAACAAUAGAUUGCAAGAGAAGAAGAUUAAAUCAGCUUUAGAAAAGGAUGAGUUACUGGAAACAAGCGAAGAUGCCAUUAACAAGAAUCCAAUCUUGUCUCAGGUCUUGGGGGAGCAAACUUUAUCAUCCAAGGAAGUGUUAUUUUAUUUAAAAGAAUUUUCCAAGAGAAGAGAACGUGUUGUUCAAAGAAUUAAAUCCACUCAUGGUAUUGAUAACAUUGAUGUUCUUGGAGCUACAUCUAAAUCAUCAGUGUCAUCUGAUAAAGAGGAGGCAUCUACUGUUAACGAUAACAAUAGUGAAGGUUCGGAUCAUGACUCCAAUUCCAACUCUGAUUCUGAAUCGGCUGAUACUCUAAGAGGGAAACAUUUUCAAGAUGCCAUCGAUGGAUAUUCAUUGGAGAAGGAUCCUUAUAGACCAAGAAAUUUACAUUUGUUGCCAACGACAGAAUCAUUAUUAUCGAAAGUAAUUGAUGAUCCUGAAAAUUUAGAAGACGUAGAUGAUGAAGAAUUAGAAGCUCAAUUAUUAGACGAAGAGGCUUCAAAAUUAAAGGAAAGAAUAUGGUUAGGUAUAAAUGGAGAGUACUUAUUGGAACAAGAAAGUAAGAGAUUGAAAGAAGAAGCAGAUAUGGUCACAGGUAAUACAGCCAAUAAGAAGAGACGCGGUGGAGGUGGAGGAAGACGUAAGAAACCCAAGACUGAGAUCACUACUUCCAAUGCUACCGGUGUACUGGCUCAAUUGACAGACAGAACUGGUUUGCAAGCUGCAUUGAAGGCUGCUGAAGAAAAUGGUGAUUUUACGACUGCUGAUAGUGUUAAGAACAUGUUACAAAAAGCAACAUUUUCCAAAAAAAUCAAUUAUGAUGCUAUCGAUGGUUUAUUUAGUUGA